CCCAACUGCGGAAUGGUGAACAGCGGGAGGGAGGAGGACUGCGUCUGGAAUCCGAGCAGAGUGCAGCUCAUUGGCGUGGCGGAAGCGCCUCCUGGAUUCUUCACGUCUUUUUCUGAUUCCAGCAGUGAACACCGAUAUAUGCAUUAUUGAUAACCAAGGCAGGACUGAAUCUGCCACGUGAGAGAGUCCGCCAAUGUAAACAUGGAUUAUCUUUCAGGAAUAAAAAAAGACGUGAAAAACAAAAUCUCGACACUAUUAAGAGGCGAAACCCCCAAGAACAACACCGUGUACACCAUGUACCACGGCACCAGCGUGGGUGGAGCCAGAUCCAUCCUCUCUGAGGGAUUUAGACAGUCCACUGAUGGCAUGCUGGGCCCUGGGGUGUACGUCAGCCGAGAUAUUGACAAGGCCAUGGCGUACCCACGAAACGUACCACACGACGACAGGGUGGUUCUGGAGCUCCAAGUUAACGUGGGAAGAGUGAAGAAGAUCGACAGACAGAACCAUCCCCUGCAAAAGGCCUGGCGUUUUGAAGGCUACGACACUGCAUGGGUGCCACCCAACUGUGGGAUGGUGCCCAGUGGGCUGGAGGAGGAAUGUGUUUGGGACCCACGCAGAGUGACGGUCAUUGCUGUGGUGCAAGCACCUCCAUAUUUUGAGCAUUCGCCUCCAGCUGGUGUGUCCAUGCCUUCAGGUGCCAGGAUGGCUCCUCGAUGUUUUGGGUAUGCACGUCCAGCUAUGUCGAUGGGCCAAUGGGACAGGAGCGCUCCACAUGUUGGGCAUACAUCUCCAGCUAUGUCGAUGGGUCAAUGUGUCAGGAGUGCUCCAUAUGUUGGUUAUGCAUCUCCAGCUAUGUCGAUGGGUCAAUGGGGCAGGAGCGUUCCACAUGUUGGGCAUACAUCUCCAGCUAUGUCGAUGGGUCAAUGGAGCAGUAGCGCUCCACAUGUUGGUUAUGCAUCUCCAGCUAUGUCGAUGGGUCAAUGGGGCAGGAGCGCUCCACAUGUUGGGCAUACAUCUCCAGCUAUGUCGAUGGGCCAAUGGAGCAGUAGCGCUCCAUAUGUUGGUUAUGCAUCUCCAGCUAUGUCGAUGGGUCAAUGGGGCAGGAGCGCUCCACAUGUUGGGCAUACAUCUCCAGCUAUGUCGAUGGGUCAAUGGAGCAGUAGCGCUUCAUAUGUUGGUUAUGCAUCUCCAGCUAUGUCGAUGGGCCAAUGGAGCAGUAGCGCUCCAUAUGUUGGGUAUGCAUCUCCAGCUAUGUCGAUGGGUCAAUGGGGCAGGAUCGCUCCAUAGGUUGAGCAUACAUCUCCAGCUAUGUCGAUGGGUCAAUGGGGCAGGUGGACUUCUCAAUAUUAUGGGUAAGCGCCUCCAACUGAAAUGUAAAUGCCUGGUGUCAGAUUGGUUCCUCCAUAGUUAGGGCCCACGCCUCCAGCUUGCAUGUCCAUGCCUCCAGGUUUCUGUAAUAAAACUAAUCAUGCAAAUAAAUUAACUUCUAGACAUCAAUUCCUAUUUCCUGCUCACGUGUAGGGCAUAUGAUAAUAGAUCCCACCUAUUUUAGACCUGUAUAUUAACAAAGCAAGCUGCGGAUCAUGAUCCUUGUAAAAAGGUUUCAGUUUUGUGGCCAGAAAAAAAGGGGGAAAACCCCUAUUAUUAUGUGCAAUGCAAGUAUAUGAUGCAAAACAACCGGUCCAUAAUAACUGCAUUGUGACCAUAUUGAUAUGUUUUAAGCCUUGCACUAAUUUUAGCAUUUUACGUAUAUUUCGUCGUUUUAUGCAGUAGAACUCUAGCCACCCUGUAAUCUUUAAUGCUAACGUUUCUGUAGCAAAGUUUUUGUAAUUUGUCAUGUGAUCAAUCUCGAGGUAAUCUGCCAAAGGUUAUUUGCGCUGCCGGAAAUUGUUUGAAAAAUUUUCGAUUCCUCAUGCGGUACAGGAGUUUAUUAUAAUUUUUUCUGUUAUGCUUUAAUCAUGUUGGUGACGCAGCUCAUUGUGACCUGAUUAAACAAAAUAAACUUGAUUGCUUCUA